AUGGGAGAAAUUGCGGCGACAUUCCCACCCAAUAUGCACCCCCAAUCAUACAUAACGGCCAUUGCCCAAAAGUAUAAUCUCAAAGGUAUCUUCUACCUGGAUCUAUGGCCCGUGGCAGACCCUCAAGUCGUCCUGAUUGAGCCGGAGCUCAUGGACCAAGUCCAAGUGCAGCGCGCCUAUAACCAGCAUCCCAUGUCUGAGGAGUUAUUGUCUUCCAUGGUUGGCCCCAAUGUAGUGGCUGCGGCCAAUGGUCCGGUGUGGAAGAAGCUUCAUCAUGCCAUGGCACCCAGCUUUCUCAUGUCGCAUGUGCGCACGCUCACCGGUCUCAUGGCCGACGAGACCAUCUUGUUCCGGGACCGGCUGAAGUCGCUCGCCCGGGACGGCGGCGCCUUUAGUCUCGAAAAGGAGUGUAGCAGGUUGAUUUUCGACAUUGUCGGGCAAAUUGUCUUUAAUUUCCCUCUGCACGCCCAGACGCAGGGAAGCUCGUACCUGGAUGAUCUAAAGGAGACAGUAGAGCUCAUCAAUGAGAGUCUGAGCAUGAACCCGCUAGUCAAGCUCAAGGUGCGGAUGCGCAAGGGCGCAAUCACGAAGCGGCUUGAUGCGGCCAUUCGUACCAAGAUCGAAGAGAGAUGGGAUACCCUGAGAAACGGUAAUGUAUUCCCGACGAGAAAGAACUUUCUGAGCAUUCUAGACCUCAUGCUUCGAGAGGCUUUGGCCAAGGAGGGUCAAGGCAGCGUCAAAUCGGCCAAGCUGCCCAAGGAGGAACUUGGCUUGUUGGUCACCAAUGUAAAGGGGCUUCUGCUUGGUGGCCAAGGAACAACUGUAGACACUCUAUGCUACAUAAAUAUGCUGCUCUCCAAAAAUCCCGAGGUUGUCCAAAAAUUGCGCGAUGAGCACGACGCCGUCUUUGGAAAGAGUACCGCAGAAACUUUGGGUCUUCUCGAAUCUGACCCUAGUAGACUGAAUGAUCUUGAGUACACCUCGGCGGUCAUCAAGGAAUCCCUACGGCUUUUCCCCGUCGGCUUUGGUAUCCGGCAAGCACCAGCAGGUUCCGUGGUUACCUAUCAGGACCAGUCCUACCCCAUCGAUGACCUUGUGAUCGUUCCCUGCUGGCACACAAUGCACUACGACGAGACUUACUUUCCGAACCCGUCCCUGUUUCGACCGGAGCGCUUCCUGGGCGACUCGGUUCCCCGAGGAUGGUUCCGCACCUUCAGCCGCGGGGCGAGGGCGUGUCUGGGCCAGGAUCUCGCCAUGGACAUGAUGCGCGUCGUGCUACUGCUCACGGUGCGAGAUUUUGAUUUUGUGUGCGCCGGGCUUGAGCCGAAUGAGAAGCCAAAGAGCACGUACACGGAUUUGGAUACCGUCUUUGGCGACGUUGUGUUUGCUGAGCUGGCCUUGGAAGCACGGCCUAGGGGCGGCAUGAUGAUGACUGUCAAGGAGAGUGGAUAUAGUCUGUAG